GUGGAAGCGAGGUACAAUGGAGGAGGAGUUGAUGGUACCACGCACGAGGCUGGAGAGGUGCACCGAGCACGAGCUUUGAGUAUGGAGAAGAGGAGAGGAGAAGGAAGACAGGAGUGAGAGGAUUGACGAGUGCUGCCUGGCCGGGCGAUUGGACGUCCCCUUUCUUCCGUACCAUCAUACCAGGUCCUGUUACUCCAUCCCCUCACCCACCCUCAGCCAGCCACUAUGCCUUCCACUACUGACUCCAGCUCCAACAACAGCAAUCGCUACCUCCUCUACGCCUUCGCCAUGGGCUGUUCAGGCCAUCAAUCCCCCGGCCUCUUCUCCCAUCCUCAGGACAAGUCCCAUCACUAUAACCGUCUCACCUUCUGGACUGACCUUGCUCGCCUUCUCGAAAAGGGAAAGUUUGAUGGACUUUUCCAGGCGGACGUGUUGGGGAUUUAUGAUAGGUAUGGUGGGACGGGAGAGGCGGCCGUUAGGAGUGGGGCGCAGGUGCCUCUCAUCGACCCCUCUUUGACCGUUCCAGCCAUGGCUAGCGUCACACGUCACCUCUCCUUUGGUAUUACAGCCACCACCUCCUACGAGCACCCCUACACUCUCGCGCGUCGCUUCUCCACCCUCGACCAUCUCACCAACGGUCGCGUAGGCUGGAACGUCGUCACCGGCUACCUCGACAGUGCUGCUCGUCAGUAUGGUGCUAGGAACCAAGAAUUGCAUGCUAGGAGAUACGAGGUGGCAGAUGAGUAUAUGGAUGUGGUUUAUAAACUUUGGGAAGGGAGUUGGGCAGAGGACGCUGUCAAGGUGGAUGCUGAGAGGAAGGUGUUCACUGAUCCGGAGAGGGUGAAGGAGAUUAAUCAUGAAGGCGAGAACUACCAAGUGCCCGGCCCACACAUCUGCGAGCCAUCCCUGCAGCGCACCCCAGUGAUCUUCCAAGCCGGCUCCUCCGGUCCGGGUCUAGCAUUCGCAGGCAAGCACGCUGAAGUCGUCUUUAUCGCUGCGCACAAUGUGCAAGUAGCCAAAGGUCGCGUGCAAGCUGCUCGCCAGGCCGCAGCUGAUGCAGGAAGAGACCCAAAGAGCCUCAAGGUCCUCGCCCUCCUUUGUCCCGUUGUGGGGAGGACGGACGCCGAGGCGCGGGAGAAGUACGACGACUAUCUCGCACACGGCAGUGAAGAAGGUGCGCUUGCCCUCUUUGGCGGUUGGACUGGCCUCGACCUCAGUGGAUAUGCAGACGAUGAGGAGCUGCGUACGGCGGGAGGCGCGGCGGCUGCGAACAGCAAUGCCAUCAAGUCUGCCAUUGAGGGCUUUGCGCAGCAGGACCCUGGCGUGCAGAAAUGGACCAAAUCAGCCGUUGCCAAUCUCAUCAAGGUCGGUGGCUUGGGGCCCACGAUCGUGGGUUCACCGGAGACGGUGGCUGAUGAGCUGCAGGCUUGGGUGGAUGAGGCGGGCGUGGAUGGCUUCAAUCUGGCCUAUGCGAUCGCGCCCGGUACCUUUGUGGACUUCAUCGAGCUGGUAGUGCCCGUCUUGCAGGCGAGGGGAAAGGUCUGGGCGGACUACCCGGCCACGAAGGAGGGCGGGUGGGAAGGCUGGCCGGAGCAAAAGGUCCGUCCGGAGGAGGGUGAAGGGCGUCAGCCCCCUGCUGGAUUCGGGAGCGAUGAGAUCCUUGGGUUGACCACGAGAGAGAAGAUUUACGGAGUGGGGCAGAGACAUCUCAGAGACGACCACUACGCCCGUCGCUUCACUUGGGCAAAAGGAGUCAAGGAUCAGCCGGCUGCUGUCAGGGAGAAUCGCGCUGCCGGGAAAGAGAAUGGGACCAAGAAGAAUGGCAGUGAUCAUGAUGCAGAAGCAACGAAUGGCUCUGCGGCCAAGAAGAGGAAAGUGUGAUUUGCCAGCAAUGAAGAGCGAGGUCACCGAAUUUUUAUUGCUCUACAC